AUGCGGAAGAAAGAAGCGAACCCUCGCUUCGAAGAAGACGAUCGCUUUGAAGCGUUGCUCUAUGGCAACGGUUGGUUGGAUUGCUGGGGUCAGCGUGGCUCCAGCGACAAUGAUUCACUGCAUCCACUACUCAGGCAUUACUUCGAUCAUCGCGGUAUCGAAUCCUCCUAUCGCCAGCGUCCCACUGCGGAUCAUCCUUGGCUGCAGACACUGCCGCCGCGCACGCCGCAGCGGCCCUCUGCGAGGACCCUGAAGACGAAGAUCAUCAACCGCGCCACCAUGGCGCCCAAGCCGCCAGAUCCCGAUGCACCGCCCAAGAGUAUCCCAUGGGGUGUGAGGUGUUUGCGUUACGGUGGUGAUUACCAGGCACAUCACUAUUUGCCGAAGUCGCAUAAGAUCCCUUGGGUCUACGACCACAACCGCAGUGAAUCGGAAGACAACGAGGUGAUGAAUCUUUUGCUUCGGCACUACUUCGAUGCAGACGGAAUUGAGUCAUCUUUCAGGAAUCGAGGGCGACAGUUCGGGCGACCCGUGAGGUCUGUCUUUGGGCGACAAUUUAAACAACCGGAUCAAAAACUCGCCGCUGUGGCUUCAUUGGCGAGCCUCAGCACUGCGACACCCGGUGAUCAAUCCAUGCAGGAGUCACAGAGUGAACCCUCACUGCGGGAGCGCAGGCCAAAGUGA